AUGGAUGACCUGGACGAUCUGGUCGACGACCUGGACGAGGAUGAGGUCAUUGUCAUACUUACGACGGUGAUAUUAGCCCUACUUGUAGUGGUGGCUGUCAUACUGAUAGAGGAAGAUGAGGCGAGGGAAAAGAGCAAUGCUGCGCGCUGCGCGUUCCGAACUCCGAAGCAGGAAAAGAAAUGCUCAGAAGAAAAGAAAGAAGAGACUCUUCGGCUACAAUUGAGGAGGAGGGUGAGUCAAAGCGCUACCGUAAGAGAUGCAUGA